CAAAAAUAGUCAUUUUCACUUGCAUCCAACUCCUUCUAAACCUUUGAUCAUCUAUUAUUCUUCACUCACCCAACCCCAACCCUAAAUCACUUCAAAUCCAAUCAAUCCAACACCAGUUUCAUCUUCUCACAUCACCUAACUCAUCAACACUUCCACAAUUUCAUCAAAAUUAGCCCUAAUUUUGCUCCAAUUCAAAUGAUUAAUUAAUUAAUUUCCCCCAAAUUUGUUGUUAUGGAAGUGGAGCAAUCGAAUCAAGCAAUGAUGUUCAACGAGCCGUCAAUGGAGCCGAGUAUCGGUUUCGUUAAAGCUCUACAGGAACUCAAAAAUUUAAGGCCUCAACUUUAUUCAGCGGCCGAAUAUUGUGAAAAAUCUUAUCUUCAUAGCGAACAAAAACAAGUGGUCCUUGAUAACCUGAAAGAUUAUGCUGUGCGCGCCCUUGUAAACGCGGUUGACCAUCUUGGCACUGUCGCUUACAAAUUGACUGACCUUUUAGAGCAACAAACUUUAGAAAUUUCAACAACAGGGUUACAUAUAUCAUGUUUACAUCAGCAACUUCUUACAUGCCAAACAUACACGGAUAGGGAAGCUCUCAGGCAACAACAAUUGCUAGCCGUUGUACCACGACAUCAUAAGCAUUACAGUUUACCUAAUUCUGUGAGCAAAAAGGUCCAUUUUAGCCCUCAGGUUCAAACCGGUGCAAAGCAGAGUCAUUAUCAGUCACGGCCUCGACAGUUUGUUUCAGGCACCCCAGCUGCAAAUACUCUUUGUUGGCAUCUAGCAUCCGAAACUAAAUCUACAUUGAAAAGGAAUUCAAGCUCUAUGAGCAUUGAUGCUCCGAAAACUUCGGGUCGUGCUACUGCGUCUUCUCAUGCAUCGAAUGGAAAUAACAGGGUACAAACAAAAUCAUCUGAAUCUCAUCAUCGGGUGCAUAAAAUGGGCCCCGCUUCAAGCACUGCUAUUGAGACACUUGGCAUCUCACGACAGGAUAAUGUGGAGGGUCCAAGAACAGUAAUGUCAUUUCGGUCGUUCGAUAAUCCUAGACAAGAAGUUGUCCAGGCUCCUAUACGUAGCAAGAGUGUUCUAUCGUCUUUUUUUGUCAAACAGAAGACACCAAAACUAAGGACCGGUCUGGUUUCAUGAACCAAGAAACCCUGAACCCUGAACCUGUGCUAUCGAUCUCCCCCCGAGUACUCCUUAUAACAAGAAGGUGUAUAUUUGUUUGUCCCUUUUCAAUUUGUUUGUGAAAUUUGUGUAUGUAAUAUGAGGUGGUCUCACAAUUUAAUAAAAUUCUAGUAAAGCGUUUCAGUUAAAUCAUUUUCUUUUAAUAAAUUUGUUUAGGCUUUGAAGUUUGUUUGCUUUUGAGAUUUACGUUCCAGCUUGUAACAUUUUUUUCAUUUUGAAUGUUGAGGAACCACACACUUGAUAGGGAUCUAAUGUGAUAUCAGAUGGAUGUUUAUUGUUUA